CGCAAGAAUGCUACGGAAAACAGAUUCACACGAAGGCGUGCCUGGAUACAGUUAAAUACGUGUUUAAAGGAAAAGACGCAGCUGAGGAUUUCUGCACCUGCACGAAAAUAUCGGUCGCCUUGCUGCCCAGAAGAAGCAACGUCAGACAUGUCUUGGAGACUUUGACUGAAGCUCUUCACCUCCUCCCUGUCACCCCCACCAAGUGGCCUGACCCCCGCCCCGCCCCCCUCUCCUUCACUUCCUGUGCCUAAUGAGCAUGCCCAGUGUACAUCCGGCAUGCCCGAGGCAUCUGGUUGGCUGCCGUGGUGCAGUGGCGCGUCGCCGGCGUGGCUCCCCUUGGUCCUGAUGGCCGUGUGCUCCCUGCACGUGGGCACGGAUGCCGCGGGCACCGCCUGCGUGCCGCGCUGCUACUGCUCCGAGUCCGAGGGCAAGACGGUGCGCUGCAGCCACCUGCGCCUGACCUCCGUGCCCGCUGGCAUCCCCAACGACACCCGGCGCCUCUACCUGGACUACAACCAGCUGGCGUCGGUGCCCACAGAUGCCUUCCAAGGUCUACCCAUGCUGGCCGAGCUUGACCUGUCCCACAACCAUCUCUCCACGCUGGAGCCGGCCGCCUUCCGGGGCCUGGGGCCCUCGCUCAAGUUCCUGGACCUGUCGCACAACCGGCUGGUCACGCUGGACCCGGAGGCGCUGGAGGGCCUGAAGGCGCGCUCCAACCUGACCAACAACCCCUGGCACUGUGACUGCGAGCUGCAGAAGGCCCUGCCCAGACUGGACCUGGAGACGGUGUCGCUGAAGGGCAUCGUGUGCCACACGGCCGAGCCCAACGACACGGAUGUGACGGGCCAGGCGCUGCUGCUCACCGCCGACCUGGACCUGUGCAUGGUGCCCAAGAAGACCACCGACGUGGCCAUGCUGGUCACCAUGUUCGGCUGGUUCACCAUGGUCAUCUCCUACCUGGUCUACUACGUCCGCGCCAACCAGGAGGACGCCCGACGGCACCUGGAGUACCUCAAGUCGCUGCCCAGCCGCCAGGUCAAAUCCGAAGAGUCGUCCACCAUCAGCACAGUGGUGUGAUCAAGACAGACAGACAUCGACAAAGUGGAGCAAGACAUACAAACAUAAACAUAAACACACA